CAGGUUCUUUUGUUGCUUCCGGCGAUCACCGCCUGCCUCGCCCUGGGCGAUGGAAAGACGAAUCGCGCCACGAAAAACGUCUUCCAAAAACAGGCUCCUCCGCAGUACCAGAGCGUCGCCGCCUUCAACGCCCCUGCACACCAACAGGCUCCGACCUUCAACGCCCCUGCGCCCCAACAGGCCCCGACCUUCAACGCCCCUGCGCCCCAGCAGGCUCCCCCAUCCCCCUACUCCUUCGGCUACGAGUCAUCCGGCAGUUCCCGCCAGGAGUCCUCCGACGGGUCCGGCAAGGUGACGGGCUCCUACAGGGUCACCAACGAGGACGGGUCCGUACGACUGGUCUCCUACGUAGCCGACGACCAGGGCUUCAGGGCCGAGGUGGAGACCGACGAGGCGGGGGCCAGCCCCGAACAGCCGGCCGACGUGGUCGUCAGGGCCAAGGCGGGAGCGGCCGCCCCCACGAGAUAUGCAGCGCCGCAGGCGGCUCAGCAGGCACACAUCGAACAGGUGAGAUGGUAA